AUGUGGCUGUGCUGUUGCUCAUAUCUGACGUGUGCAGACGUGUGUGGAGAGACCAGGACAGAAGAGGAGGACCAGAGCGGAGUCAGGAUGGACGUCGAGCUCUUAGAAGAGCAAUACAGCUCCAUCAGAGAGAAGCAGAGACGCCAAACUCAGCUCAUCUGCUUCAAGAAAGCACAACACAAUGAAGAGAGACGUGGCAUAAAUCUAGUGGACGUGGUUCCUUUAGCAAAAGCACCAGAAAUGCAAUUUGAGUGUGUGGUGGCUUCUGACGGCGGUCUGUGGCGCUCACAUCUGGAGCUGCACCGCAUUAAACACACGACUGAUGAAACUGAGCACAGAAAUAACAGUGCUGCAUCUACAGAAGCCUCCAGCAGCACCAGCUCAGAGUCAGAGUGGCUCUCUGAGGACUCGAACCCUGGGGAACAGCAUCUGAAGAUCAAGAACCACAGCGGGCUGAGCUCUAGGAAGCUCUCAGCUCCAGCGGGUUUGUCCUGUCAGCUGAGUUAUCGCUCCAGAUAUUACCCCUUCCCUCAGAGGAAAAGCCUGAGGAACUCAGAGACGGCCAGGAGACUGGGCCUCUACGCCUCGCUCUCAUGA